UGUGCUCGGAGCAUUUGCGUCAAAUGUUGACCGGAAUACCUGCACGCUGGGACUUCUACAUGCAUGUGCUUAAAUACUUCUGUCAGCGGGCAGCAGAAAACCACCUGAAGUUGUUCUUGAAAUUGCCCCGCACACCACAUGAAAAUCACAUGGAGGAAAACUUUCACUCGGUUGGCCCCAGGACCAUGCCGAAAGCUGAGAGAAGGACUCGGAACAUCCUCAGCAAAACAGUGACUGAUAUGAUAAUGAAUGUUGUGGAUCAAGCCACAGAAAAUCCUCUGCGGGCUGCUGAGAUAGUCAGGAAAGGGAAGAAAUCAGGUGCACGAUCUACUGAAGAGUCAGAAUUUUGGGGAAGUAAGCCUGAUAUAGUGCCUGAGAAUGAGGUGCUUGGACCAAGUUCUAAAAUAAAAGUGGAGGACUUUGAUUUAGAGGAGGAACUGAAGCUUGAGGAUAUCGUUUCUAAAUGCUUUGAAGAGCUGUAUGAGCUGAAAAGAUUGAAAAGUGAAACUCCAAAGCGUUAUAUAACCCCUGAGAAUGAGCUGUUCACACCAAGACCUGGAAUAAAGAAAAAGACCUUCGAUUCAGAACAGAAGAUGGAGCUUGAGGAUAUACUUGAUGAAGCUCCAUUUGAAAGAACCAGCCAGUCAGGAAAAGAAGAAGAAGAAAUAACUUAUUUGCCAUAUCAUCUUGCAGAAAGUGUUGUUAAUGGACAGCUUGCAAAAUUUUAGGUUGCUGAUAUUUUUGCCAUUUAUCUUUCUGAU